UAAAUGAAGAGACGGCAUACAUCAAGAGACCUGGAUUGAACUGCUACGAGUCAAUGAAGGGGUCUGAUUAUGUUCCUAAAGAGAUCCUUAACGAGACUGUCAUUAUGGAACGCAUCUCCGCAAACCCCCACCCCAAUAUUAUCAGGUACUUCGGUUGCCGCAUAAAACGUGGUCGAAUUACAGCAUUGGUCCUAGAACGUCUCGACAUGACCUUGACGCAGUUUUGCCAGACACCCGCUUUCAAACAGCUUGACCUGGUCAAAUUUUACGAGGCUACAGAGUCGGCCGUCCGCUAUCUACAUUCGCUAGGUCUAGCACACAAUGAUAUUAAUCCGGAUAAUAUUAUGCUCAAGGAUGGGAUGCCUGUAUUAAUUGAUUUUGGGUCUUGUCAACCAUUUGGGGUGAAUCUCCAGUCGCUUGGCACAGAAGGAUGGUACGAAGAACUAUUCGUCACAUCUGAGAAGAAACACGACGAUUUUUCCCUCCGGAAACUACAACAGUG